AUGUCGGAGAUGAAGCAGCUUGCUGUGAAACCUGUAAUGGCAUACUUCCGACAGGGUGUUGCCCUCCAGUACCUUGGACGUCAUGCCGAUGCCCUGGCAGCCUUUGCAUCUGGACUGGCUCAAGACCCCAAGAGUCUCCAGCUUCUGGUGGGGAUGGUAGAGGCCGCCAUGAAAUCUCCCAUGAGAGACUCCCUCGAGCCCACUUAUCAGCAGCUUCAGAAAAUGAAACUGGACAAAAGUCCCUUUGUGGUCGUGUCUGUGGUUGGGCAAGAACUCCUGACGGCUGGCCAUCAUGGGGCCUCUGUGGUUGUCUUAGAAGCUGCUCUGAAGAUUGGCACCUGCAGCCUCAAACUGAGAGGUUCUGUUUUCUCUGCCCUGAGCAGUGCUUACUGGUCUCUUGGAAACACAGAGAAGAGCACUGGAUACAUGCAGCAGGACUUGGAUGUAGCCAAGACCUUAGGUGACCAGACAGGAGAAUGCCGAGCUCACGGGAAUCUGGGCUCCGCAUUCUUCUCCAAAGGAAAUUACCGGGAGGCUCUCACUAACCACAGGCAUCAAUUGGUGCUUGCUAUGAAACUCAAGGAUCGAGAGGCAGCUUCAUCAGCCUUGAGCAGUCUGGGCCAUGUGUACACAGCCAUUGGAGACUACCCCAAUGCACUUGCCAGUCACAAACAGUGUGUUCUUCUUGCCAAGCAAUCCAAAGAUGAACUUUCUGAAGCCCGAGAACUUGGCAACAUGGGAGCUGUGUAUAUCGCCAUGGGUGACUUCGAGAAUGCUGUGCAGUGCCAUGAGCAGCAUCUGAAGAUAGCCAAGGACCUGGGAAACAAGCGAGAAGAGGCCCGGGCCUACAGCAACCUGGGCAGUGCCUAUCACUACCGGAGGAACUUUGACAAGGCCAUGUCUUACCACAACUACGUGCUGGAGCUGGCACAGGAGUUGAUGGAGAAGGCCAUUGAGAUGCGGGCCUAUGCUGGCCUGGGCCAUGCUGCCAGGUGCAUGCAGGAUUUGGAGAGGGCUAAACAGUACCAUGAGCAGCAGCUGGGCAUUGCUGAAGAUCUCAAAGACCGGGCUGCAGAGGGGCGAGCAUCCUCCAAUCUGGGUAAGGACAGCAUUGCUUGCAAGAUCCCAGUUCAAUGCCAUGAGCUGGAAAUAGCUGGAGUAGCCCACUAUUUUUUAUAG